UAGAGGGUUUUUCCUCAUUUUUCUUUUCACCAUGACCGAAUCUCGGAAACAAAUGACUCCUAAACUGAGGCAGAAGCCUCAUCACUCCCUGCAAGAGUGCAAAGCAACGAGAAAACUGCGUAUUAUUUAUAACGAUCCUGAUGCCACUGAUUCAUCCGAUGAUGAGUCAGGGGUGUUUCACAACACUAAAAAAGCAAAGAGAAACUUUUGUGAGAUCCCUCUCCCACCCCUUCCACAAACUUUCACCACUCCUGAAACCAAUUCCUUUGAGGUGAAUAGCAACAGCAAUGCAGUGAGGGUGAAGGUGUGCAUUGAAGGUCAACCCCAGACAAAGAAGAGGGUUUUGUCCAAAAUCCCAUCAUCAAGGAGGAGCACUUCUGGAAAAUAUAGAGGUGUUAGGCAGAGAAAAUGGGGUAAAUGGGCUGCUGAGAUUCGUGACCCUUUUCAGAGUACACGCAUAUGGCUCGGUACUUUCAACACAGCUGAAGAGGCUUCUCAAGCCUACGAGACCAGAAGGCUUGAGUUUGAAGCCAAGGCCAGAGCCUACAAAAAUGUUUCAGAGCCUUUGUCCACAACUUCUGAUAAGAGCAUAUGCUGUAACUCUUCUGAUGCUGCUGCUGUGUCUGUGUCUGAGAAGUUUUCUACUACCUCUGAUGACUCAGACGGUGUUUUGUCACAUCCAUCGCCAUCUUCUGUCCUUGAGUUGGAUUCUUCAUCUUCCAAACCCAUUGACAAUGACAAUGUUUUGAGUGAGGAAGCUGUUGAGACUAAUAAUUUGGUUUCUGAAUUUGCUGAACUUGAAAUUCCAGAUUUGAGUCUUUUGAACUUGCCGUCACCAUUCAAUAGUGCUACUGCUGCCCUUGCUUCUGGGACUGAACCAGACUUUGGUCUUGAUUUUGAUUGGCUAUCACUUGAGGAUCAUGGUCAGGGUUUUGAUGAUUUUGGUGGCUUGGAAGAUAUUCGCAUUUGUGGGUUUGAUAACAACGAGCCUAGUAAACUUCCUGAUUUUGAUUUUGGCGAUUUCUGUGCUGAAGAGUUUGCUGGGUGGACCGAGGAGCCCCUCAACAUACCUUGUGCCUAAGUUUUGCAGAAGUUCAUAGGAAUAAUUUUACCAUAUUUAUUAUAAGUUUUGUUAGUUUUUUGUGAGAUCUUAGAAAUUGUAUAGGAUCAAUUUCUGAGUGCAUAUCCUUAUAUUUAUUUGUUUGAGAGAGGAAGUUAUGAAUAGAGUUAGUCUUUUAGCCUACUAAGUUGGAGAGAUAUUCUUUGGGUUUUCUUGUGCUGCUAAGAGCCGUCCAAAGAUCUCAAACCAUGAAUAUCAAGUAAAAUUUCAAGUUAAAAUUUUUCCUUUAUGAUGAAGUAAUUAUGAAAUUUAUGUAAAAGUGGUAUUUAUAAGUUUU